GGAACACUAGUGUGCGAGUCCUACUCGCACUUGUCUGGUUUUUUUCUCCUCUUGGCUACUUCCAAUACAAUCAGAAUUUGUUUUGAAAAUUUCGUUGAUUUUUGUGUAAAUUUUAAUAUAUUACAAUUAAGUGGGUAUAUUAAACGUAUACAAAAUUGCAGUUCAAAAAUGUCGUUCGAUGUAAAUUGGGACAUCGAUAAAUAUAAAGAAGACCACGAAAGCGACGAACAUUGGCAACUGCGGCGCCUUUUCAUGACUAAGUGGAAAAAUAAUUAUCCUGAAGAGAGAUUGGUUUGUCUGGCGAGAGUAUUUGCGAAUAUCGAGUUCAUGGGAUGCAGGUAUCCAAUAGAAGUUAUGCAAGAAGUGUCCAGCUUGUCAAAAGAGGUGGCCCAGGAGUACAGGAACAGCAAAAGAGGAAAACUCCAGAGAACUUUUGUGUCGGCCUCUGAUGCUGCGGAGGACCGAGCUAAAGGCAUCAAACGUCAGGGUGGAGUCAUAGUAGACGCACCACAAGCAAAAAGUUCCAAAAUCCAAUUCGUACCGCAAGGGCAGGUUGUUGAACCCGAAAGGGACAACGUAGUGGAUAAUGACAAAAUUGACAUAUCUGACGAUGACGAAGCAGAGAAUAAAAAUGGAGAAUCCGGUCAGGUUGAAAAGAAGCGUUCGGAAGUUGUUGACGCGAAUGAGUAUCUGAAGGACAUGGAAAGAGUGAAAUGUUUGGACGUACGGUUGUUCAAGGAGGGAAUGUUCCAUAGUAUUUUCGGAAGAAUGGUGCUGCUUAUACGGCCGUGGGCCGGCAAAUUAUGGAACAUACAGACUAGCUGUCAAGUGUGCGGUGUUAAUCUCCAGAAUUCUUACACGAACAACUUGUACAGUUUGACAUUGAACGGAAAACUCCUGGCCGAAGCGACCGGACCCACCAAGCAGGAGGCCAGGAGUAUUGUGGAGAUGAUGGCUUGGAAUAGGCUUAAAGAGGAAGUGAUCAGCGUUGUGGUCAAGGAGCAAUGGAUAGCCCAGGGCGACGCCCGGAUAUCCGUUAGUGACGUCACGGGGAAGAGGGACGACUUCGGGACGCCCGUCGAGAACAGCGUCGCUACUAAGAUGAUGAAGCUGAUGGGGUGGAAGGGCGGAGGCCUGGGGGCGGAGUCGCAGGGCAUCGCGGAGCCGAUCAAGCCUAACUUGCAGAUGGUGAAUCGCGCCGGUCUGGGCAGCCUCGGCUCGGACAUAAGGCAGUUGCGUAAAGCUGGUCAGGAUCUGAUGCAGCGCUAUCUCGCAUCGGACACUCUUGACCUGGAUUUGGUGUUCAGCAGCGAUUUCACCAAGGAUGAACGAGCGACGUUGCAUCAGAUAGCGCAGAGGGCAGGCCUGGCGUCGAAGAGUUACGGAGAUAAGGACAGAUUUUUGGUCGUGAAAAAGAAGCUAGACCCGUUCUCUCUGGCCCGAGCGGUCAUAGACAAGGGCGGUUGCACGCCGAAGUACCAAGUGUUCAUUCCCGCGGGACUACAACGGACUUCAAGACGAUAGUGUUGUGUGAAGUGUGAAAUAGUGAAGUGGUUUGUCGAUAAAUUGGGCGUAUCGAUAAAAUAACCAUUAAAGACAAUAGAAAUUCUAAAUAAAUCAAUAGUUGCCAGUAUUCGGCGUAGUUUAAAAAGUAAUGUGACUAAUGUGGUGUACCUACUUCUAUGGUCUUACAUUAUUUCAACUUUCGCACGGGUAGCAAAUCUUCCUCUUGAAUAACUCUAUCUAUUAUAAAACAACUGCAUCAAAAUCCAUUAUGUAGUUUUUAAGAUCUAAUCAGACAUACAUAUACAUACAUACAGACAUCAUACAUAUGGACAUAGGGACAGAAGCGGGAAUCGACUCUGCUUUAUAAUAUGUAGUGGUUCUAUGCGCAUACGUUCUGAAUAAUUUUGAUUUUGAUUUUUUUUAACAACAUUGGAUUCAAGGUUCCCUUUUUGACGUCAAACUAAAAUUGCGAUGCUCAGAGGUUUCAUAGCCUACUUAUGAGCAGUGACUAUAAUUCAGUUGAUGUAUGAUACGAUAUGCAAUAAAGAUUUUGAAUUGAAUUGAAACACUAUGUAUAAGCAGCAGAACAAACUACCCUGUAGCUUUCUGUUCAAAUGUAAUUUUUAGGCAAAAUAGAGCCUAGUAUUUAAAAUAAAGCUUAAUUUCUGUGACACAUCUUAAUGCACAUAUUUUAUUUGAAGUAGUAGGUACAUAAACAACAUAUCAAUAUUUGCAAUGGGUUAGCAAAUUACCACAAAUAUCUAAAUUAAAUUUAUUGAUAAAUAAUAAAUAGCUGAAUAUUUUGAUUGUUUAUUAUUUUUGACAACAGCUUAAUGUUUUAGUGAAGAAAAAUUUACGUUUACCUAGAUUUUCAGAACUAUAGCUAGCAUAAUUUCUAUGAGAAUG